CCUGUACCCGGGUCUGGAUUGGCUCGGCGACGCCGCCUCCCCCACUGUAAUCCCUCGCGACUAAUCCGUCUCCCAUCCCUCCGUGAAAUCAGUCAAUCAAUCCAAUCAAUUUGUAGGUGAGCAAUCCACCGCUCCCAUUCUCCUCCGGAUCCGCGACGCCAUCCCGCGCCUACACCUCCCCAUCUGCGCUGCGAGGACGAGGGGAGGAGGUGUGGGAUGAUGGGGUGGAGCAGGGACGCCGGUGAGGGGCGAAGGGCGGGGCCGCGCUCGUGCGGCCGGUGUGGAGGGGCGGAUGCUAGGGCCGGCACAGGGAGCCGUGCACCGGCAGAGGGGUGGAGAGCUCCGUCUCCGCCAUGCAAGCGCCCGCGCACACCCUCGGGCUCCGCCUACCCAUCGACCGCUUCGACGCCGGCAGCUUCCCCACCCGGUUCGCGGCCCAGAUCAGGGGGUUCUCGUCGGAGGGAUACAUCGACGGCAAAAACAGCUGCAGGCUCGACGGCUGCCUCCGAUACUGCAUCGUCAGCGGCAAGAAGGCACGGGAGAACGCCGGGCUAGCCAAGGCUCUAUUCGACGCGCACGCCAAGCUUGACAAAGUGCGUGCUGGAGUUCUCGUGGGGACUGGUAUGGGUGGCCUUACAGUGUUUUCUGAUGGCGUUCAGAACCUCAUCGAGAAGGGAUACAGAAAGAUUUCACCCUUCUUCAUUCCCUAUGCAAUGGAUGUUGGUUUUAUGGGUCCUAAUUACUCAAUUUCAAAUGCAUGUGCUACCUCCAACUAUUGCUUUUACGCUGCUGCAAACCACAUACGACGUGGUGAGGCUGAUAUAAUCAUAGCUGGUGGUACUGCAGCUGCAAUUAUUCCCAUUGGCCUUGGAGGUUUUGUGGCCUGUGUACUGGUUAUGGAGAGCCUGGAGCAUGCAAUGAAGCGUGAUGCACCAAUAAUUGCAGAAUACUUGGGAGGGGCAGUGAACUGUGACGCUUACCAUAUGACUGAUCCUAGAUCAGAUGGACUGGGUGUCUGGGUGUAUCAUCCUGUAUCAAAAAGAGCCUUGAAGAUGCAGGUGUUGCACCUGAGGAGGUGAACUACAGUAAUGCACAUGCAACUUCAACGCUUGCUGGUGACUUGGCUGAAGUAAGGGCCAUUAAGCAAGUCUUCUAUAAUACAUCCGAAAAAUUAAUUCAACGAAGGCCUUUGACUAGGUGCAGCUGGUGUAUUGCAUCACUGAACUAGGCCAUACACAAAACAACAGUGAAGUUUCAGGUGCUUCAUUCUCUUCCAGGUUGACAAUCUCAAGACCAAAGGACAGCUUGCAAUUCAGGCUCAUCAAGGGAGAGUUCAGCCACUUCAAGAAGACCUACAUCAGCCAUAGUGUCAAAAGAAUCUCCUCCCACAUCCCACAUUCUUGUCUCUCCUGUCUUGUAUGCAUCUGUUUUUCUUGACAUAUGCCUCAGAUUUGAGUGCACAAAGACCAAAUCUUCAGCCCUCUCUGGAGUUAAGGCAUUUCUUUUGACACUAUGUAUGAAGCUAUAUGUACUCCAAUUGCGUUCACAGCAAGAAGAUGAGGCUGGUUGGUUAAUCAAUUUGAUCGCCAAAUUCAUCAAUAGAGGAACAGACUGCCCAUGAUUUGUCCAUCAAGUCAUGGGGGAAACAACCCAUCUAUCAUGAAUUGAAUCAGGAUCAUUGAAUUCUUCUGAACAA